GAGAGAAUACCCUGGACGGAGUUGGGUGGUGAUUUUGCUUUAUCAUGGAUUCACACAAUACAAAGGCAAACAAGCAUGGAUGUCAGGUCAAAUACAAGCAGGCACGAGAAGAGCGAAAAAAGCUCAUCACCCCUGCACACAACUACAUCAUUGACAUCCUGGCUGACAGGCUGUUCUUGGAGCCAACAGCAGUAGAGGAAUUUAUUUUAGAUUCAUCUUUGGCUACUUUUGAUAAUUUCUUCGCUGAAGGAGGUUGUAAAACCAUUUCUUUUGUGUAUCAAGAGGCUGAAGUUCCAGGAAUAGAGUGUGGCCGCUCAUAUCCUGGGACUACCAAAGGGGGAAAAGUACACAGACUGUUUUUAGCAAAUUUGUCUCAGACAUGCCUUACAGGUGUUUGCUGCUCUUUCACACGGAAUACAGUGGACAGUCCUGUGAAUUCAGAAAACAUACAUGUGGUAAGACAGUCAUUUAUGUGUAAAGUGGAGAUAAUGUUUUCAAUGAUUGAUGCGAGAGAUGGCCUCCUGAAAGGAAUGAGGAAUGCCUACAACUUCCUGCUACCAGCUCUUGAUGCAAAACAAAACUGGGGUGUCUUAAAUAAGACUAGACGCGGAGCAAAACUUAAAAAGAACUUCAAGUACACCAUAAAGCGCUGUCUUAGCACCUUAGAUGACCUCCAGAUGAACAUCGAGAACAUUGUUCAUCUGAAAACAGUCACAGAUAUUGACUUAUCUAAAUUGGCCACCCUUGAUAAUAUGAAAGUUGCGGCUGCCAACUUUGACACGGUGCAGCAACUUGAAGAAAUUCUGAUGCAAUGGUACAAGCAAAUCAAGGAGGUCCUGGUAGAAACUAGUCAGUUGAGGAAACUAGAUGAUUCUGCAGGGCCACUGUGUGAGCUUCAGUACUGGCAAAGAAUGUCUUUGAGGUUCAACUCCAUCAUCAGUCAUAUCAAAGGCCCAGAGUGUAAGGCAGUGGUAAUGGUGCUCCAUAUCAGCCAUUCCAAGGUUAUGAAGAUGUGGCAGAACAUGGAUUCCAGUUUAACAGAUCGUGCAAAUGAGGCAAAAGACAAUGUAAAGUUCCUGUGCACACUGGAGAAAGUCUGUCAACCUCUUUACAACAGUGACCCGGUCACCAUGAUGGGAAGCGUGCAGAACGUUAUCAGUGCCAUUCAAAUGAUAUGCAGUGUUUCAGUGUACUACAGUACAGGAGAAAAUGUAUCUGCACUGUUCGGCACAGUCACAAGUCAGAUGGUUACAGCAUGCAGGUCAUACAUUACUGACAAUGGCACAUGUCAAAUAUGGGACCAAGAUGCUGAAGUCAUCAUCAAGAAAAUACAGGACUGUAUCUGCUUGUAUGAGAAGUAUCAGUCUUGCUUCCAGAAAACAAAGAAACAAACAUCGGACAAACCUGGAAAGGUGUCAUUGGAUGAUUCAGAGACAAUGAUUUUUUGGAAGUUUGACAAUUUCUGCAAGCAACUUGAAAAGAUCACAAAAAUAAUCACAGUGUUCAAGACAUUUGAAUCUCUUGGGAAAUCAAACAUUGAGGGCAUUGAGAUUCUGGCCAGACAAUUCCACACUGUGUCCAUGAAUUUGAAACGGAAGCAGUCUGAUAUGUUGGCUCCAAGGACAGCUGAAUUCCAAACCGAUUUUGCUGACUUUAUGGUUCAAGUUAGCCACAUUGAGAACCGGCUGCAGGCAUUUAUGAGGUCAUGCUUCUCAACCAUCACCUCAUCUCAGCAUGCGCUUUGCUUUGUACAGCGUUUUCAGAGGCUGAACAUUCCCUGUCUAGACACAGAAACAUCCAGCAUCUUGGGUCUUAUUCUUCAGCAUUAUGCCUCGGAAGUAGAGUUUGUGAAAAAGCUCUAUGUAAAACAGAGAGAGGACCCCCCAUUAGCUAGAAACAUGCCUCCCGUGACUGGAAGGAUUAGCUGGGUCAGGCACCUCUACAGAAAAAUAGAGGAACCCAUGUCAUACCUAAAAAAACAUUCUGACAUCCUGUGCAGCCCCGAGGGACAAGAUGUAGUCAAAAUGUUCAACCAAACUGCAUCUGCAUUUGUAGAGUUUGAGUGUGUUCAUCAUAGAGCAUGGAUGGGUGAAGUGUCAAAAUUAGACUAUGUCUUGAAUAUCACACUGCUGGUUCGACACCCAAAGACUGGAAAAUUUGUCGUCAACUUUGAUCCUGAAGUAACUGAGGUCAUUCGGGAGGCUAAGUGUUUGCUGAAGAUGGGUUUGGAGAUUCCAAAGCAGGCUCUGUGUCUGGUCAAGUUGGAAAGCAGAAUAAACACUAAUCAACUCCGACUACAGACCAUUUUGACAGAGUAUGAGUCCACUUGUGAGAACAUACCUGCAGAUUUCGCCAGCUUGAUGGCUUCAAAAAUAAAAAAUGUGGAAUCUGUGCUUCGCCAUGGGUCAGUGCAGCUCACUUGGUCAUCAUUCCUCCUGGACAAGUUCUUCCAAAAUGUUGACACUGCUUUGUUUGAGCUUAAACAUCUUGUAAAGACGGUGCAGGAUAUCUCUAAGAUACACAUUGAUGAUGUCCUUAAGGACAUCUCAGAGACUGAGCUGAUUGAGCUCCCAGAAGAUCAUGCGUCUUCAGUACAUGACCUGAUUGACUAUAAUGAGGAGUUUAAGAAGCUUUAUGAAUACUUCACUGCAAGGGUAUUAGAGGCACUGGUCAAAACAACCAGGUUAUCGCUGGAGAUCCUGAAAAGGAGAAUUUGUGCCAAAUCAACAUCAAUAAAAAGAUCUGAGUCUAAGCUGGUCCCGUUAAUAAAAUCUGAAGUCCAGCUGGUCAUACCCAAAGUGGUGAUGAUUCCCACUAUAGAUGAGAUCCAACACGCCAUAAAUCACCUAAUUGACCGGGUGUUGGAAGUUAGCAAGGGCAUUACAUGGCAGCAUUACAUGGAGUGCAGUCCCGUUGGCACAAAGAACAAAGGCGGAGAAAAAGAGAAUUUCUAUCACAGAGUAGCUGAACACAAGGACAUCAAAAAGGUGGUGGUCAUUCUCAAAACAGCAGUCAGCAGCAAGAAAGGACAAGCGACUGAUUUUCUGAAGCAGUUCAGUCCAUUUAGUGUGAUCUGGGACAAGGACAAGAACCUCAAAGUCAAGGAAUUCAUGGGCAGCCAUCCAUCCUUGAUCCAGAUUAAAUCUGAAAUCCAGCACUAUGACUCAAUUGAACAAGAAAUUGAUGAUAUCAAACCCAUUGUUGUUUUGGUGUCAACUGAGCUGUCAACAGAUCCAUUAAGGAAGGCCCUGAAAGUUGAGACCAAAGCCUGGAAGAAGCUGUUGUGCAAAUACCUGAAGGAGGAGUACAAAAAGAAAAUGAUUGACACCAGCAUACAUGCUAACAAAUACCUCACACAACUAUCUCAUCCUGUGGCUAAUCUGGAAGAUGUGCGCCUUACCAUGGGGGCCCUGUCUAAGCUUCGGGAUACUGAAAUACAAACUGAUAUGACAUUGAUAUCCAUUGAGGAAGCCUAUGAAAUUCUGACUAAAUAUGAAGCUGAGGUGACCAAAAGAGAAACAGAGGGGGUGCACAAUCUGAGGGAUCUCUUCACAAAACUUCAGUCUAAAGCUAGGUCAGUGCAAGAUGAGCUUGUUCGAAGGCAACCCAUGUUCAAACAAAGCCUUCUGGAGUGUGUUUCUACUUUCCAAAAUGAUGUUUUCACUUUUACAGAGAAAUAUGAUUCAGAAGGCCCCAUGGUUGAGGGAAUAGCUCCACAAGAAGCCAGCCGCAGGCUCCAGAGUUGUCAGGCUAAAUUUGAAGAACUGUGGAGAAAUUUCAACACAUACAGCUCUGGAGAGAAACUUCUUGGCUUGCCAGUUACACAGUAUGACUGUCUACAAAAGAAAAAAAAAGAGCUUGAUCUGCUACAGAAACUUUAUGGCCUUUAUGAUGCAGUCAUGACUAGGAUUAGCAGGUACUAUGGCAUUCUGUGGACAGAUGUGGAUAUUGAGAAGAUCAAUGCAGAACUUUUGGAAUUUCAGAACAGGUGCCGAAAGCUGCCCAAAGGGCUGAAAGAAUGGCAAGCCUUCUUGGACCUGAAGAAGACGAUUGAUGAUUUCAGUGAGUCAUGCCCUCUGCUUGAAAUGAUGGCAAAUAAAUCUAUGAUGAGAAGACACUGGGACCGGAUCACAGACCUUACAGGGCACAAAUUUGAGGUGGAGUCCAAGACCUUUACACUCCAGAACAUCAUGGAAGCACCUCUGUUGAAGUAUAAGGACGAAAUUGAGGAUAUCUCCAUAUCAGCUGUUAAGGAGAAAGAUAUUGAGGCCAAGUUGUCACAAGUGAAAGAAGUGUGGUGCAGCCAGAUCCUGAGCUUGAUGACAUUCAAGGACAGAGGAGAACUUAUGCUGAAAGGGGCAGAGACAGCAGAGAUUCUCACCACUCUGGAGGAUAGUCUGAUGGUGCUGGGUUCACUGCUGAGCAACAGGUACAGUGCCUUCUACAAAGCAGAGAUCCAGGAUUGGGUCUCCAAGCUGUCAACAACAUCUGAUGUCAUUGAACAGUGGGUUAUUGUGCAAAACCUGUGGAUCUAUUUGGAGGCUGUGUUUGUUGGAGGUGACAUUGCCAAAGACCUGCCACAGGAAGCAAAGCGAUUUCAGAAUAUUGACAAGUCAUGGAUUAAGAUCAUGCAACGAGCCCAAAAGGUCCCACAUGUGAUUGAGUGCUGUGUGGGGGAUCCAACUCUGGGACAGCUCCUGCCAGAUCUUCAGAAACAGCUGGAGUUCUGUCAAAAAUCUCUUGCAGGGUACCUUGAGAAAAAGAGGCUUCUGUUUCCACGAUUCUUCUUUGUGUCUGAUCCGGCCCUUUUGGAAAUUCUUGGUCAAGCCAGUGAUUCUCACACUAUUCAGUCACAUCUCCUUGGAGUGUUCGACAAUGUCAAUGAAGCAGAGUUUCAUGCAACAGAGUAUGAUAAGAUUUUGGCUGUUAUUUCACAAGAGGGAGAGAAACUACUGCUGGACAGUCCUGUGAUGGCACAGGGACCAGUGGAGCUCUGGCUCGGGAAGCUGUUGUUACAACAGCAAGCUUCAUUACACUCUGUUAUCAAAGCUUCAGAUCUAGAGAUCAACGAUGAAGACUUUGAUCUUCUCUCUUUCCUUGACAAGUUUCAAGCACAGGUGGGCUUGCUGGGAAUCCAGAUGCUUUGGACAAGAGAUGCAGAGGAGGCACUGCAAAAUGCUGAAGAUGACAGGGAGAUCAUGCCUUUUACCAAAAAGAAAUUCCUACAAUUACUCAGCAUUCUCAUUAAACAAACCACCUAUGACUUGAGCAAGUUUGACAGAAUCAAAUAUGAGACACUGGUCACAAUCCAUGUGCACCAGAGUGAUAUAUUUAAUGACCUAGUAAAAAAGCGUAUAAAAUCUGUCAAUGACUUUGAAUGGCUGAAGCAGAGCAGAUUUUACUACAAGGAGGAUCUGGAUAAAGUCCUUGUGUCCAUCACUAAUGUUGACUUCAUUUAUCAGAAUGAGUUCUUAGGCUGUACCGACCGUCUGGUCAUCACCCCUCUGACUGACAGGUGUUACAUCACACUCGCCCAGGCUCUGGGCAUGAGCAUGGGAGGAGCCCCUGCAGGGCCUGCCGGCACUGGGAAGACUGAAACCACAAAAGACAUGGGACGCUGCCUCGGCAAGUACGUGGUGGUGUUCAACUGCUCAGACCAGAUGGACUUCAGAGGACUUGGAAGGAUAUACAAAGGCCUUGCGCAGUCAGGGUCCUGGGGCUGCUUUGAUGAGUUCAACAGAAUCGACCUGCCAGUGCUUUCUGUUGCUGCUCAGCAGAUCUACAUUGUUCUGCAAGCACGCAAGAAACACAAAAUCUCUUUCAUCUUUACUGAUGGAGACUGUGUGGAUCUGAAUCCAGAGUUUGGCCUGUUCAUUACUAUGAACCCUGGAUAUGCAGGUCGUCAGGAACUUCCUGAAAACUUAAAAGUGCAAUUCAGGACAGUGUCAAUGAUGGUGCCAGACCGGCAGAUCAUCAUGAGAGUCAAACUAGCUAGUUGUGGAUUCAAUGACAAUGUCAUCUUAGCCCAGAAAUUCUUUGUUCUUUAUAAACUGUGUGAAGAACAACUUACAAAACAGGUCCACUAUGACUUUGGCCUGAGGAACAUCCUGUCUGUGUUGAGAACACUGGGGGCCAGUAAAAGAGCACGACCUGAUGACACAGAGUCCAGUAUUGUCAUGAGAGUGUUACGUGACAUGAAUCUUUCUAAACUGGUGGACGAGGAUGAGCCCCUCUUUCUUAGUUUGAUCAAUGACCUAUUCCCUGGUAUCCAGCUGGAUGGAAGCACAUAUACUGAACUUCAAGCUGCUGUAGCCCAUCAAGUUGAGCUUGCUGGUAUUGUUAACCACCCCCCUUGGAACCUCAAGCUGGUUCAGCUUUAUGAAGCUUCACGAGUGCGUCAUGGCCUGAUGACUCUGGGACCAAGCGGAGCUGGGAAGACCACAGUUAUCAACAUUCUAAUGCGAUCUUUGACUCAGUGUGGAACCCCACACAGGGAGAUGCGCAUGAAUCCCAAAGCAAUCACUGCACCACAGAUGUUUGGCCGUCUUGAUGCAGCCACCAAUGACUGGACUGAUGGCAUUUUUUCUACUCUAUGGAGGAGGACUCUCAAAGCCAAGAAAGGGGAGUUCAUAUGGAUUUUGCUAGAUGGCCCUGUGGACGCUAUAUGGAUUGAGAACCUCAACUCUGUGCUGGAUGAUAACAAAACACUGACCCUGGCUAAUGGUGACCGUAUCACCAUGUCUCCAUCCUGUAAGCUGGUAUUUGAGGUGCACAACAUGGAUAAUGCCUCCCCUGCUACUGUGUCCAGAGUGGGUAUGGUCUUCAUGAGCUCCUCAGCUCUCAGCUGGAGACCUAUACUCCAGGGAUGGGCUCACAAGCGCAAUGCACAGGAGGCAGAAAGCAUUAUGAGUUUAUAUGACGAAAUAUUUGAGGAUGCUUACUUGUAUGUGAAGCAAAACCUUAAACCCAAAAUGGAACUUUUGGAGUGCAACUACAUCAUGCAGUCUGUGAAUCUGCUGGAGGGCGUCAUCCCAACUAAGGAGACAGGGGGCUUGGCUGGUGACAAACACAUGGAACGCCUCUUCGUCUUCUGUCUGAUGUGGAGCCUGGGAGCCCUUUUGGAGUUGGAGGAUAGAGACAAACUGGAGGCUUAUAUUAGAUCACAUGAAAGCAGCAUUAAUGUGCCUAAAACGCAGCCAGGAGAGACUAUGUUUGAGUACAUGGUCAACCCAAAUGGUGAGUGGUGUCAUUGGAAUAACCAUGUGGGGGAGUUUAUCUAUCCAGCUGACCAUGUUCCAAACUAUGCCUCCAUCCUUGUGCCAAAUGUGGAUAAUACAAGAACCUCUUUCCUGCUGGAGGUUAUUGCCAAACAACGCAAGGCGGUACUUCUUAUUGGUGAACAAGGGACAGCCAAGACAGUGAUGAUAAAAGGCUACACAAAAAAAUAUGAUCCUGAGACAGACCUAUCCAAGUCUGUGAACUUCUCAUCUGCAACAGAACCCAUGAUGUUUCAGCGAACAGUGGAGAGCUACAUUGAGAAACGAAUUGGUAGUACCUAUGGACCCCCAGGAGGACGCCGGAUGACAGUCUUCAUUGAUGAUAUAAACAUGCCUAUUGUCAAUGAAUGGGGUGAUCAGAUCACCAAUGAGAUAGUCCGCCAGAUGAUGGAAAUGAGCGGCAUGUACAAUCUAGACAAACCAGGAGACUUCACCACUGUUGUGGACGUACAGAUACUGGCUGCCAUGAUUCACCCUGGUGGGGGGAGAAACGACAUCCCACAGAGACUGAAGAGACAGUUUACAGUCUUCAACUGUACUCUGCCAUCCAACAGCUCCAUUGAUAAGAUCUUUGGUGUCAUCGGGUGUGGAUAUUUUGAUACUUGCAGGAACUUCAAGCCUGAGAUAUUUGAUAUGGUGAAGUGCCUUGUGUCUGCAGGGAGGAUUGUAUGGCAGUGGACAAAGGGAAAAAUGCUUCCCACACCAUCCAAGUUCCACUACAUCUUCAAUUUGAGAGACUUGUCCAGAAUCUGGCAAGGAAUGUUAAAUAUUAAGGCUGAGGAGUGUGACGAUAUCCCCACUCUCUUGGCACUUUUCAAGAGUGAAUGUACAAGGGUGAUUGCUGACAGGUUUGUUUGCUUUGAGGACAGAGAGUGGUUUGAGAAGGCUUUAACUCGUGUGAUCCAAGAGCAUGUUGACCCCAGUCUUGUCCCUGAACUUCAUCCUGAGCCAUACUUUGUUGACUUCCUGCGAGAAGCUCCUGAGCCUACUGGAGAAGAAGACGAAGAUGCCUGUUUUGAUGCCCCCAAAAUCUAUGAACUGGUGCCAAGUAUUGAGUUCUUACAAGAAAAGCUGAUGAUGUAUCAGACCCAGCACAAUGAGGUUGUGAGAGGCUCCAGUCUAGAUCUGGUUUUCUUCACGGAUGCCAUGACUCAUCUUGUCAAGAUCUCACGUAUCAUUCGAACUGACACUGGAAACGCCCUGCUUGUGGGAGUGGGAGGAUCAGGCAAACAGAGCUUGACUCGCCUUGCUUCAUACAUAGCUGGAUACAGCAUCUUCCAGAUCACACUGACAAGAACAUACAACAUAAGUAAUUUCAUGGAUGACCUGAAAGUGUUGUAUAAAACAGCGGGGGCUGAGGGAAAAGGCAUCACCUUCAUCUUUACUGACAAUGAAAUCAAAGAUGAAGCCUUCCUUGAGUACCUCAACAAUGUUCUUUCUUCUGGAGAGGUCUCCAAUCUGUUUGCUAAAGAUGAGAUCACAGAGAUCACCCAGAACCUGAUACCUGUGAUGAAAAAGGAGCUUCCUCGUGUUCCACCAACUUUUGACAACCUCUAUGACUACUUCAUAACCCGGUCCAGAAAGAAUCUGCAUGUAGUUCUUUGCUUCUCACCAGUUGGACAGAAGUUUCGCUCCCGAUCCCUGAAGUUUCCAGGGUUGACUUCUGGCUGUACAAUGGACUGGUUCACCCCUUGGCCCAAUGAGGCUCUGGUGGCUGUAUCCAACUACUUCUUGUCAGAGUUUCCCAUGGUUUGCUCAACUGAUGUGAAGGCUUCUGUGGUGACCACCAUGGGUACAUAUCAUGACAAAGUAUCUGAUGCCUGUGAAAGCUACUUCGAAAGGUUUCGAAGAAAAAUUCAUGUCACCCCUAAAUCCUACCUCUCUUUUAUAAAUGGUUACAAAACACUGUACUCUGAAAAGUACAACUAUAUCAACACACUAGCAGAGCGCAUGAAUGUUGGGUUGGCCAAACUGAUGGAGGCUAGUCAGUCUGUGGCUGAACUAUCCAAAUAUCUUGAAGUCAAGGAAAAAGAGUUGGCUAUAGCAUCCGCCAAAGCUGACAAGGUGGUGGCAGAGGUGACGGUCAGUGCUGAAGCUGCCACCAUUGUAAAGAAUGAGGUCCAGGUUGUGAAGGAUAGAGCCCAGAAACUUGUGGAGGGAAUUGGAAAAGAAAAAGCUAUUGCAGAGGAAAAACUGGAAGCUGCCAGGCCAGCUUUAGAAGAGGCUAAAGCUGCACUUAAUACCAUCAAGCCUGCUGACAUUUCCACUCUGAGAAAAUUGUCCAAACCUCCACAUCUGAUUAUGAGGAUUAUGGACUCCUGCCUUCUUUUGUUCCAAAAGAAGUUAGACUCUGUCUCUAUUGAUCCAGAGCUACGCUGUGUUAUUCCAUCAUGGGGAGAAGCACUGAAGCUCAUGAGUGCUCCAGGUUUUAUGAACUCGCUCCAGCAGUUUCAAAAGGACAAAAUUAAUGAGGAAACAGUAGAACUGCUGCAGCCCUACUUUCAGAUGGUGGAUUACACAAUGGAAAAUGCCAAGAAAGUGUGUGGUAAUGUAGCUGGUCUGCUAGAAUGGACCCGGGCUAUGGCCACGUUCUUUGGCAUUAACAAAGAAGUGCUGCCACUCAAGGCUAACCUGGCCAUUCAGGAAGGCCGGCUCAGAGGGGCUAAUAAUGAGCUAAGCAAGGCUGAGGCUCAGCUGGCUGAGAAGCAAGCGGAGUUUGACAAAGUCAAGGCCAAAUGUGAUGCUGCUAUGAAAGAGAAACAGGAUUUGUUGGAUGAUGCUGAGAUGUGUAGGAAUAAAAUGCAGGCUGCGUCGGCACUUAUUGAUGGACUCAGUGGAGAGAAAAUUCGAUGGAUAGAGCAAAGCAAAGAAUUUAAAUCACAGAUCAACAGACUUGUGGGUGACGUGCUCCAGCUCACUGGCUUCUUGUCCUAUUGUGGGCCAUUUAACCAGAGUUUCCGUGACAUGUUGUUGAAGGAAAUCUGGGAAGCAGAGCUAAGGAGUCAUAAAAUCCCUUUUACAGAAAACCUCAACCUCAUUUCUGCCCUUGUGGACCCUCCCACUAUAAGUGAGUGGAACCUUCAAGGACUCCCAGGAGAUGACUUGUCUGUGCAGAAUGGCAUCAUUGUCACAAAAGCAACACGAUAUCCUCUCCUCAUCGAUCCCCAGACUCAGGGAAAAACUUGGAUUAAAGAAAAAGAAAAGGCCAAUACACUUCAAGUGACAUCAUUACAACACAAGUUCUUUCGCACCCAUCUGGAAGACUGUCUUUCCUUGGGGCGCCCACUGCUUAUUGAAGAUGUAAAUGAGGAGCUGGACCCUGCCCUUGACAAUGUCCUCGAGAAAAACUUUAUUAAAUCUGGGACCAGUUUUAAGGUUAAAGUGGGAGACAAAGAGACAAAUGUGAUGGAUGGCUUCCAGCUCUAUAUAACCUCCAAACUUCCUAAUCCAGCAUACACACCAGAAAUCAGUGCCAAGACAUCCAUCAUUGAUUUCACUGUAAACAUGAAGGGCCUUGAGAACCAGCUACUCGGUCGUGUCAUCCUCAAAGAGAAACAUGAACUAGAGGCAGAAAGACUGAAGCUAAUUGAGGAUGUAACGGCCAAUAAGAGAAAGAUGCAGGAGUUGGAAGACAACUUGCUGUACAAACUCAGCAGCACAAAAGGAUCCUUGGUUGAUGAUGACUCCAUGAUUGGCAUUCUGAGUACAACUAAGCAAACUGCUGCUGAAGUUAGUGUAAAGCUCAGUGUUGCAGCAGAUGCAGAGUUGAAGAUCAAUAUGGCUCAAGCUGAAUAUCGUCCCGUUGCCUCUCGAGGAAGCAUCCUUUACUUCCUCAUCACAGAGAUGAGCAUGGUCAACGUGAUGUACCAGACCUCCCUGGCUCAGUUCCUCAAAAUCUUUGACCUCUCACUGGAUAGGUCUGAAAAGUCCUCUAAAACUCAAAAGCGAAUCCGAAACAUUAUUGAAUAUCUGACCUUUGAGGUGUUCAGAUACACAGUAAGAGGCCUUUACGAAAACCACAAGUUCAUCUUCACACUCUUGGUGGCCCUCAAGAUUGACUUACAGAAUAACAAAAUCGAGCAAAAUAAAUUUCAGAUUCUUAUUAAAGGUGGUGCAGCUCUUGACCUAAAGACCUGCCCCAUAAAGCCAUACAGUUGGAUCCUGGAUAUGAUAUGGCUAAACUUAGUGGAACUCAGCAAAUUGCCACAGUUCACUAACAUCUUAAACCAGGUGUCUCACAAUGGGAAACACUGGAAAGCAUGGCUCAAUCUUGAUGCCCCAGAGGAAGGUGUAGUUCCAGAUGGAUACAACGCCCUUGAUGUCUUUCAUAAACUUUUGCUAAUAAGGUCUUGGUGCCCUGACCGUACCUUGUCUCAGGCAAGAAAGUAUGUGGGAGAAUCCAUGGGUGUGAGGUUUGCUGAGCCGGUCCUCUUGAACCUUCAUAACACAUGGGAGGAGAGUGAUCCUCGCACCCCUCUAAUUUGCUUCCUGUCAAUGGGCUCAGAUCCCACUGACCAAAUCGAAGCACUUGCUAAGAAACUCCAACUGGAAUGCAGAGCUAUAUCCAUGGGGCAAGGACAAGAGGUUCAUGCAAGGAAGCUUGUUCAGACAUCAAUGACACAGGGGGGCUGGGUCCUUUUGCAAAAUUGUCACCUGGGCUUGGAGUUUAUGGAUGAGUUGCUCGAAACUAUCACAACUGCAGAGACCAUGCAUGAUACUUUCAGAGUAUGGAUCACCACAGAACCACACAACCGAUUCUCCAUCACACUCCUACAGUCCUCUAUCAAGUUUACCAAUGAUCCACCCCAGGGAGUGCGUGCUGGCUUGAAAAGAACAUUUGCUGGAAUUUCACAGAACCAGUUGGAAGUCAGCAACCUGCCCACAUGGAAGCCUUUGCUGUACAGUGUGGCCUUUCUCCACACUGCUGUGCAGGAACGACGCAAAUUUGGACCACUGGGUUGGAACAUACCUUAUGAGUUCAAUUCUGCUGAUUUCACUGCAAGUGUCGAAUUUGUUGAGAGACACUUGGAUGAUUGUGGUCCCAAGAAGGAUGUGUCAUGGGUAACUGUGCGGUACAUGCUAGCUGAGGUGCAAUAUGGAGGAAGGGUUACAGAUGACUAUGACAAACGCCUGCUCAAGUGCUUUGCUCGCGUGUGGUUCAGUAAAAAGAUGUUUGACCCAUCAUUUUGCUUCUACACGGAUUACAAAAUUCCAGUGUGCAAGACAGUAGUGGAGUACAUGGAAUACAUUGAGAGCUUGCCGACUGUAGAUUCACCCCAAGCGUUGGGGCUGCAUCCUAAUGCUGAUAUCACGUAUCAGACAAACACAUCUGCUGAAGUGCUAGACACAAUCACAAAUAUUCAGCCCAAGGAAAGCGGAGGGGGAUCAGGAGAGACUAGAGAGUCCAUUGUUUACAGCAUGGCAGAGGACAUGUUGGAGAAACUGCCCCCUAAUUAUGUGCCACAUGAGGUCAAAGACAGGCUAUUGAAGAUGGGAGCUCUGAGACCAAUGAACAUCUUCCUACGUCAGGAGGUGGAUCGAAUGCAAAGGAUCAUCCGUGUGGUGCGCACUAGCCUGACUGACUUGAAGCUAGCCAUUGAUGGCACUAUCAUAAUGAGUGAGAACCUCCGUGACGCCCUGGAUAAUAUUUUCGAUGCCCGUGUGCCAAAUCUGUGGAGGAAAAUCUCCUGGGAGUCAUCCACACUGGGCUUUUGGUUCACUGAGCUUCUAGAGAGAAACAAACAGUUCCGCAGCUGGGUGUUUGAUGGAAGACCCAAAACCUUUUGGAUGACAGGCUUCUUCAACCCACAGGGGUUCCUGACAGCCAUGAGACAAGAAGUAACCAGGGCAAACAAAGGCUGGGCUCUGGACACUGUCACCCUGCACAACAAAGUACUGAAGCAGGGAAAAGAGGAGAUCACAGCCUCCCCUUCAGAGGGAGUUUAUGUAUAUGGUCUGUUCCUGGAUGGCGCUGGCUGGGACAGGAAGAACACCUGUCUCACUGAGUCCUCACCCAAAGUGCUUUUCAUACCUUUGCCUGUCAUCCAUAUGUUUGCCGUCAAUUCCACUGCACCGGUGGAUCCUAAACUCUAUGUCUGUCCUAUCUACAAGAAACCAAGGCGCACAGACUUGAAUUACAUCACAGCUGUGGUGUUGCCCACCAUCAAGUCACCAGACCACUGGAUCUUGCGUGGAGUUGCCCUUCUCUGUGACAUCACAUAAAACAUGACUGACAUGUCUUUAUUAAUGUGUAAUAUUGAUUAAAGGGAAAAUAAAUAUAUUUCUUUGACAAGAGGUAUACUUAUUGUAAGUAUUGAUCGUUACUAUUAAAUUGCCAUAUAAAAUUGAAGUAUUACACAAAAAGAAAAAGUAUGCUUUACCAUUGAGAAUGGAUGGUCUAUUAGCUGACAAAUCAUUCCAGUGGUAUAAAGCAAUGCUGAGUAAUGGUCGUUUUGCCCUUUUAUACAAUUAAUGUUCCAGGAAUGAGUAUAUUUGCCAGCUGUGUAACCUCUCAAUUGCUGAACUUAAAUUACAUUUUAAUGGAAAAACUAA